AUGCCGGAAGAAAGGUUCGACUCUGGUGCGGAGGAAAAUGUCCCUGUCUGGUUAACCGUAAGAGCUGGCUACAAGUCUGCACUGCUGCUGAAGUAUACGUCCGAUGAUCGCUGUUUGAUUCUCUUGCUACCUGAAAAAGAAAAGCUUGAAGUGGACGCAAUGGAUCUGGAACGUGCUAACCCGCCUGCAUUUGACCGAAUUGAAGAUCUGGCUGGUUUGCGCUUCAUCAAUGAGUGCAGUGUGACCCACGUCCUUAUACAGCGAUUUGGUUCAGGUCAAUUCUUCACCUACGCCUCGGGAGGCAAUCUCAUCGCAAUUAAUCCGAUGUAUGCAGCAGACAUUUGUACAUCACCGGUCAUGAACUUGUUCACUAACAGUAAACCUCUUCGUGAGUUACCAGCUCACGUCUUCUCCGUCGCUCAGCUAGUGUUGGCCCGACUUCAUCAUUCCGUUCUCCAACAAUUAUCUUCCCGCCAGAAACUCCAAAGUCGAGCACUUGAACCGAAGUACCGCUGUUCACCCUCCCUGUGCCAACAAGCAGUUUGUUUUACUGGUCGCUCCGGUGCCGGGAAGACACAUACUUGCUUGGACCUUUUAUCAUAUUUUGUUCAUCAGUCCAACCAGAUGAGUGUAUCUAUCCCAUAUAUCGACCCGCCUCAUAUCCGCCCACAACGCAUAACAGUUGAGCGGAUUCGUGCCAUGUUUAUGAUACUGGACGCCUUCACUUGCUCUCGAAUUCUGUCGAACGCGAAUGCGAGUCGCGCAAUACGCCUGUUCUCACUGGAGUGGACCAACGUUGCUUCAUGGAAGGAUGACAGUGCAUGCCCAUCGUCCAUCAACCCUAAACUGGUUCUAUCUGGCUUAACAACACGUCUUCUAUUGUUCGACCGCAUUCGUGUAUCCGACCGUCGCGAUAAUGAACCCAACUUUAACAUAUUUUACUAUUUUCUUUCUGGACUGGAUGAUCAUACAAAGGAAGAAUUACUCAUGACGAACUUGGAUGAGAAGAACCUAUUUUUGACUAGAUUGAAACGUACAGAAGACAGAGAGGCUGCCGCAUGCCACUGGAGGCAACUCUGUAAGUGCGCGGAGUUGCUCGAAUUCGGAAAUCAGGACGAAUGGCUGACCGGAGGCAUUGCAAGGAUGUUGGCCAUCAUCUAUCAUCUGGGUUGUGCUGGAUGUGUUAGUGCUCACAGUUCACCUGGCGUAUCUAGUCCGGACCGUGCCGAAACCCUCAAUGAAGGGAGGUCCGGCUUCAGAAAUUUGAGCUCAGCACGGACAGCGGCUCGACUUCUCGGAUGUUCCAUUGAGUGUUUACACGUCGCAGUGUUUGAAUCCACAGGCGAGUUGCACCUAACCCCCUUGGAUAGACUUCGUGGGUUUGCACAAGAUCUGUAUCAAGUCACUGUGGAUAUGGUGGUCGCGCUGAUUAACCGCUGCCUGUCAUCGGAUUUCUCGACUGCACAAUCCAGAACAGGGGAUAUUCCGUCCCCAGUGUGCGCGCAAAUUUUCGUCUGUGAUCCAUUCGGGCUUCAAGCUCCAGCUCUCGGUGCUCGAAAAGCAUCGUCACAGACACCGGCCAGUUUGUUCGACUUGGUAGUAAACUACACCAAUGAUCGUUUGGGCCAUCUAUUUUAUGAAACCAACAUUGGACUAAAUCGGGCCAGAACGUAUGAGGAAGGUAUUUCUGCAACAUCCAUGAACAACAGUUUGCACACAACGGGGAACCUGGUAGCUUUGUUGGAUGAACUGUCUCCAUCAAAAUGCACACUUGAUCCGGGAAUAUUUUGGCACAUUGAAGCUGCCUGCCUAACUGGAGACCUCGGUGUUGUGAAGCAGAAAUUAGAAGAAGCGUACCAGCUCAAUCGAAUAAAACACCGAGAUUUGCGUACAAUACGAAGAUUCCGACGUACUGGUACGUUUGUUCUAAACCACAGUCUGUCCUCGUUCCCCGUCGAAUACAGUCUGGAUGUCCGUUGGCUCGUUCAUUGUCGCAUGAACACAGCUACUGCUGGUGUCAACGUGCUGCUACACCGAUCCAGCGUGCCGUCGAUCAAGCACUUGCUGUUCCAAGCGACACAUGGACGCGACUUUUUGCAGGAAGUCGUACCCAAGUGGUUGAGUGGUACGAGCCAUUUGAGGCUGGUCAAACAACAGAUGGACUUUCUCAUUCAAUUGUUACGCUCCUGCGCUUUCGGGCACCCUGGCCCUCAGCCGCGUGAAUCUGGGAAGGAUUUCAACGAUGGUGGCUCACGUAACGGUCUUCAUUGGGUGCACUGUCUGCUACCAGUGAACAAUGCAGUGCUGUACCAACUCAACCCACACCGCGACCGUCACGAGCACAACGGGCAAAGAUCUCAUCUGACACAGAGUCCAGUCCGAAUUUGUGUAAACCUCAUUCGUGCUCAGCUGCGUGGCUUGAAUUUGAUAACCAUCCUUCGUGGUGCCAGAAAUGCCUCCUUGGGCGCACCACAAAUUGAACGUCCAUCUGAGGAUAUCUCGGAUACAAAGGAGGUUAGCAAAGAAACUGGUAUUCAGGUAAUUUUCCGGUGCGCUGCACAUAUUCAAUCGAUGCGGAAGGAGGAGAGCAUAAAUAAAUGGACCAGGGUUGUCUCUUCAAAGCGUUGCCUGUUGAUUCAAGCUCUGAUAUGGUCAGUUCGGUUCUCCUCCCAGGCCUGUGUCAUUGGUGCGCGUCAACUAUUCCUGCGAAAUCACACACUCGCUCAGUUGGACGUCCAGUCGGAAUGCCAGCAGCCGUGUUCUUUCAUUGACCAUAGAGAUCACCAUGACCGGAUUCAAGCUAGCUGCAUGGAUUAUCUUGUGUGUGCAUGUGUGGAUGCGCCGGCACAAAUUUCAGGCUGUGGAUCAGAGGCUCAGCCAAAACUGGACGCAGAGCGCCGAAGUCUUUCAGGUGCUCAGACUCUCGAAGGGCGCGGCGAUGUCGCAUUCGCCCUGUCUGUGCUCGUUCAAGAAGAGGACCGGCUACUCCAAACCCAAUUGUUCACUAACGAAAGUCGGAAUACGGUGUAUACUUUGACUCAGUCUCCAUCCAUUACACAGUCUGAACAUGCGGUUCAACCAAACGCACCGUCAUCGAGAAAUGAACUAAAUGGUCUGCGAAAACAGCGCGGCGAUUUUCUCGCUCAACUCGGUGACCUUCGGUCCGAAGUGAAUAAUGUCAAGCACAACGCUUCCAUCACGGAGCAGACGCGCCGCAAGCUAGAAUGGAAACUGGACAAGGUGCAAACGGAUUCAAGGAAAGCGCUGGAUGAGCGGGACGCCGACCUUGAGGGUUUACGCACCACACAUCACGAACAUAUCCGUCAACUGGAACAACAGUUGGGCGAUGCGCAAGCAGAAUCCGCAAAAGAGAAUCGAGAUCGACUGCAGAUGCAACACGAUUUCUCUACACUAAGUGCCGAGUUAAAGGCUACGGCUUAUGACGAUGCAGAGCGAAAAUUAUGCAAAGAAGUAAAACGGUUAAAAAAUCUGUUGACAGAGAAGGAGGCUCUUUUGGAACACGUGCUUCAACAACCACACACGGACCGCAGCCACAUCAACCAGUUACGCUAUAGAAUCGAUGAAGCGGAUGAAACGAAUGCGACACUCAACCGACAGAGACGCGCACUACAGGUAGAAUUGGAUGAUGCCCUGAAUCAGCUUUCAAUCUCAAAUCGAAGCAGGAAAGAGGUUGGGGAACCUAUCCGUCUGGCUUCGUGAAAACAUAGAUUUCAAGGUCAUGAUCAUUUCGCUCACACCUGAGGAACAGGAUGUUGUGUAGUCCUCCGGAACAAAACAAGUUUUGUGUUCUGAUGAGAAUCCGUCACCCAAAACGAUCUCCCAUUUGUCGCCUGCGUCGUCAUCGACUUGAUAGUGAUUGUCCAUCCUUUUCUUUUUGCGCCAUUCCGUGAAUCAAAC